AUCUCACGGGUGACUCCGGGCAGCAAAGCUGCAACAGCCAACUUGUGCAUAGGAGACCAGAUCAUCGCCAUCGAUGGGGUGAACACGGACAACAUGACGCACCUCGAGGCGCAGAACAAAAUCAAGGGCUGCACGGACGAGCUGACCCUGACGGUCAGCAGAACAGAGUCGAAAGUCUGGUCACCACUUGUAACUGAGGAGGGGAAGACGCAUCCUUACAAGAUGAAUCUGGCCUCUCAGCCCCAGGAAAUAAGGCACAUAGGAAGCGCACACAACCGGAGCGCGGUGCCCUUCACUGCUGCCACGGCUUCCAGCUCUGCCCCCAAAGUCAUCACUGCUCAGUACAACAACCCAGCAGGCCUCUACUCCUCAGAAAACAUCCAGACCUUCAACAGUGCCGUGGAGUCAAAGUCAUCGUCUGGGGCUCCGGAGCCUGCCAAGCCCCUGGAUCAGCACAGCCAGCCUGCGAGCGGUAUCGCCAUAGACAGAGAAUCUGAGGUUUACAAGAUGCUCCAGGAGAACCAAGAGGCGAACGAGCCACCCCGGCAAUCUGCCUCCUUCCUGGUGCUGCAAGAGAUUUUAGAGUCGGAAGAGAAAGGUGAUCCGAGCAAACCGUCCGGGUUCAGGAGCGUCAAAGCCCCCACGACAAAGGUGGCUGCGUCCAUCGGGAACGCGCAGAAGCUGCCCAUGUGCGAGAAGUGCGGCUCGGGCAUCGUGGGCCCCUUCGUGAAGCUGCGCGACAAGCAGCGCCACCCUGAGUGCUACGUGUGCAGCGACUGCGGCACCAGCCUCAAGCACAAAGGACACUUCUUCGUGGAAGACCAGAUCUACUGUGAGAAGCACGCGCGCGAGCGGGUUGUCCCCCCGGAGGGCUACGAGGUGGUCACCGUCUUCCCCAAGUAA